GCAGAGAUCUGCAAUAGAUAAACACAUAGACCCACACACACAUACACACACACACACACACACCAGCUGGCUUGCCCGCAGACACACACCGCAAGCACUGAGAAACAGACACUUCAGAACACCGGGAUUGUGGCUCUGGUUUGGUUUUAUUUUAAUGGACUUCUUGUCAUCUAUCAUUUCAGUGGAAAACAGCCACCGAGAGAGAGGCAGGUGUGCCCUUUAAGAGGGGGAACAGCUGAGGCAAGGACAGCAUCCCAGUCUCCAUCCUCUGUGAAGAAACAGGCUGCAAUGGUUGGCAGUAAUCAAAGGCCCAAAGCUGUCUGAGAGAGCCAUAACAGCAGACCCAAUGGACAUCAAAGGACAGUGCUGGACAGACGAGGAGUCAGAUGGGGAGAACGAAUCGGAACAGUUCCUUUAUGGCAUUCAGUGCUGCUUAUUGCAGGGGAGUUGUGCUGCUGACCUGUACCGCCACCCUCAACUGGAUGCAGACAUUGAGGCUGUAAAAGAUAUCUACACUGACAGUGCUAUCUCUGUCAGGGAGUAUGGAACCAUUGAUGAUGUAGACAUCGAUCUUCAUAUUAACAUCAGUUUCUUAGAUGAGGAAGUUGCAACAGCAUGGAAAAUUAUCAGAACGGAGCCUAUUAUUCUGAGGCUGCGCUUUUCUCUUUCUCAGUACCUCGAUGGGCCUGAGCCAUCAGUAGAAGUGUUCCAGCCCUCAAAUAAAGAAGGCUUCAGCCUGGGCCUGCAACUUAAAAAGAUCCUGAGCACGUUCACCUCACAGCAGUGGAAGCACCUUAGUAAUGAGUUCCUCAAGGCCCAGCAGGAGAAGAGGCACAGCUGGUUCAAAGCUGGAGGGACCAUCAAGAAGUUCCGGGCUGGGCUCAGCAUCUUCUCCCCCAUCCCCAAGUCUCCAAGUUUUCCUCUGAUCCAAGACACGGUUUUAAAAGGGAAGCUGAGUGUCCCUGAGCUGAGGGUGACACGUUUAAUGAACCGCUCAAUCUCCUGUACCAUGAAGAACCCUAAGGGGGAGCUAUUCAGCUAUCCACCAAACAGCCAGACUGUGGCUGUCCCAGCGGCCAGGGCCCCAGCGCAGAUUACCACGAGGCAGCUGAUUGAAUUGUUUUUCUCAUCCCAGGCGGGCGGCCACUGCAAGAACAUCCCUACCUUGGAGUAUGGCUUCUUAGUGCAGAUAAUGAAGUACUCAGAACAGAGGAUCCCCACACUUAAUGAGUACUGCGUGGUUUGUGACGAACAACACGUCUUUCAGAAUGGAUCCAUGUUGAAGCCUGCUGUGUGCACGAGGGAGCUGUGUGUGUUCUCUUUCUACACACUGGGUGUGAUGUCUGGAGCUGCAGAGGAAGUGGCGACUGGAGCAGAGGUCGUGGACCUUCUUGUAGCUAUGUGUCGAGCUGCCCUGGAGUCUCCUCGUAAGAGCAUCAUAUUUGAGCCUUAUCCUUCAGUUGUUGAUCCCAAUGACCCCAAGACUCUUGCCUUCAACCCAAAGAAGAAUUAUGAAAGACUGCAGAAAGCACUGGAUAGCGUAAUGUCCAUCCGGGAAAUGACCCAGGGUUCAUAUCUGGAGAUCAAGAAACAGAUGGACAAACUCGACCCUUUGGCCCAUCCGCUGCUACAGUGGAUUAUUUCCAGUAACAGGUCUCAUAUCGUCAAGCUGCCUCUCAGUAGGCAACUCAAAUUCAUGCACACCUCCCACCAGUUCCUGCUGCUCAGCAGCCCCCCAGCCAAGGAAGCUCGUUUUCGCACUGCCAAGAAGCUAUACGGCAGCACUUUUGCCUUCCAUGGUUCCCAUAUAGAGAACUGGCACUCUGUUCUGAGAAAUGGACUAGUCAAUGCCUCUUAUACCAAACUGCAGCUGCAUGGGGCAGCGUAUGGAAAGGGCAUCUAUCUGAGCCCCAUCUCCAGCAUAUCUUUUGGAUACUCAGGAAUGGGGAAAGGACAGCAUCGCAUGCCCACCAAAGAUGAACUAGUGCAGCGUUACAACCGCAUGAACACUAUACCACAGAGCCGUCCAAUCCAGUCAAGGUUUCUUCAGAGUCGAAACUUGAACUGUAUCGCUCUUUGUGAAGUUAUCACAUCAAAGGAUCUGCAGAAGCAUGGAAACAUCUGGGUGUGUCCGGUUUCCGACCACGUCUGUACCCGCUUCUUUUUUGUAUAUGAGGAUGGCCAAGUAGGAGAUGCCAACAUCAACACCCAGGAGCCUAAGGUGCAAAAGGAGAUUAUGCGUGUGAUUGGGACCCAGAUCUACUCCAGCUAAUGGACGUACACCAGCGGCAUUUGGAUCCAUAUAUUUCUCUGUUGGAGGCACACAAGCAGGCAGACAGUUAGAGCGAAUGUUUGGCUGAGCUGUCCUCAGGCCCGAUACGGAAGGACGAGGGAGCUCUUAAGCACAUAAUUUCAGAAGUUGUUUUGUUGUGUAUUCGCUUUCCUUUCUCUCCCUUGUUUCUCUUUUCUGAGUUGUUACACCUUACAUGCUCAUUUAAUCUUCAGUUAGGUUUUAAUCGGGGUAAUGUCUUCUUUUCAUUUAAACAACUCUGAAGAAAAAAAAGGAAGUAGUCACCAGAUAUACUAUCAACAAUCACACUUUUCUGACCCUGGUUUGACUGGGCUUUCUCGUUUUUCCUUCACUUUUACUGAUCCUUUGGACUAGCCAUUUAUUAUUUCUCUUUGUUAAUAUAGAGGGAAAAAAAUGACAAUUCCAAAUGAUAAUUUUUCCCUUUGUGGCAAAUUAGUAAGUGAUGGAUUUACAUACACGUUUCUUUUUUAAUUUUUUGUGUUUGCAAAGUCUUUAUCCCUUUUCUGAUUAUUCAGUGUUCUUUCAAUAAUGGCGUUAAUGUUUGUGAUAUGGUUAGCCCCUGAGGAGCGAGUACUGCUGUCGUUUCAUCCUUGCCCACUGAAUGAAGUUCCCAAAAUCCAAUGAGUGAGGUGUGGUUAAAAUGCAAAUCACAUACACAUUAAGCACUUUGCUUUUGAUGGAGUGUUUAGCAUUAUUCUAAUUUUUCACUGAAGAAUUACAACAGUUCUGAUUAAGGAUGCUAUUGAAAUCUUUACAACCUCCACAUGUCAGAGCUUAAAAAAAAAAAACCCGCAUUUUUCUGACUGGACAAAUUUGUGACACUAGAAUAAGUGUUAUAAAAUUUCCUUAGCAGUUCAUGCAAUGAAAAAUUUGCCAUUGAUCUUUUACGAAAUUCAGUUCAAUUUUAUAUAACAAUUUUAUAUAACACCAAAUCACAGGAGUCACCUCAAGGUGCUUUAUAUUGUAAGGUAAAGACCCUACAAUAACAACAAUAGAGAAAGAAAACAAUUAAAACAAGAAAUGUAGGCAUAUAAUGUGAAAGAGCUGGCAUUAUUCAGACCCCGCUGAAAGUUAACAAAGAACUCCAGAGAACUUUGUUGAUUUUUAGAUGAUUUCAGUUUAUUGUUUUGGUGAAGUAAAUGUGUUUCUCUUCCUUUCACUCCACAAGUAUUUUGUUAUCAUGAACUACUGCGCUCUCAAGGUUUUGUCUCGAGCCUGUUUUGAAGAAUCGUAGGAUUUGUAGUUCCUGAACAGAAACAAUACGAGCAUUUCAAAGCCCAGUUGGAGUUACUUUGGCUGUCAGGUUAGACCUUCCACAACAUCAAUAUACAGACAAAAUAUAUAGAUAAAAUUACACAUAUUGUUGUCCCAAUUGUUGGAAAAAAAAAACAUGCUGAUUGGAUUUAAUCUAAUGUCUUACAUCAACUACUUACAGUCUGCUUUCUAUUUAAAAACUACCACAAUCUGUCAUUACACCUUUUUAAAAAAAAAAAAAAAAAAAAAAGUAGUCUUUACUACUUAAAGAUCCAGCAGUGUUUAUCUCAUUGUAAAAUUAAUCUUUUUUGUCUACGACCUACAAUGAAGACUGGAUCCACAAACAAAAUCAACUGUACAUAAAAUCAUGGACAAUUUUCUAACUACAGACUGAAUCUAGUCCAGGUGAGCUCACAUCCCUCUCACCCCUAACUUAACUGAGACCGGAUCUUACAGAGGUGCAUGAAUGUGCAACUCUUUGGUUUCACCUUGGAGAAUGGCAAUGUUGUAUAGCUAAACAAGUUUAUCAGUUAGUCAUGUACUGUAUGUAUGUAUGUGUGGCUUUGUAUUUUCUUGACAUUAUAAUAGACAUUGCACUUACUCAGCGUUCGCCUAAACUGGACAAUGUGAUUGUCCUCUGGCCUGCAGUAGACGGGUAGUGAUGAAAAAGAGGUGGUAACAUAAAUGUUAAUGGAGUCAGCAAGACUGAAAUAUCCAACAUCUUAAAUAUGUUUGUACUAAGAUGGAUUUUGUCUUCUGGAACUGAAACUGACCACUGAAUGGACUCGAGGGCACAAAAAGAAAACAGACUGUACAUAAGGACAUUGGAGAGCUUGUUGAAAUGUAUUGCCCAGAAAAAGAUGGACAUGUACAGCUGACCCAUUGUGUUGUGGGACUCUUAACAGCUGAUGCCUGUUUUUGCCAAGACAUCGAGUCUCUUUGAGAGUCUAUUCUCUCGCUGACUGUAACUGGUGAGUAAUGUUUUUGAAGAUGAUGUUAUGACAAUGAUGGUGAUUAUGAUCAAGAUAAAAGGGGGCGAUGCAGAAAAAAAAAAACGAAUAAAGCCUGGUU